GUCGAACACCAUGAGCAGUCACAUAGCAGUUGCGGUGCAUGACGCCAGAGACCUUCCGGAACCGAGUUCCUUGCGUGUCGCUCUGCUUGAUGAGACUUUAGCUCGCCACCAACCUCUUCAUGGUCCAUCUACAACCCACGGUGACUGCUCAAGUAAGGCAAUGAUGAAUUCCAGCGCCUUCAAGUCGCACACAUUUCAGGUAAGGGCACGGCGUAUGCUGCCACUUGGACCGACAGGGCCUGUAGUUUGUCUGGCCAGAUAUGCCUGACACGUCGAAACCUAUCCUUUCAGUGGAGCUGUGGGAUUGUUCCAAAUCGUACGAUGAGUUUGUAUGUGUGGCGCAGCGACCUUGCGAUUGUGCAUUCCCGCCAACGUGGUGGGCACUGCCACGGCAAAAAAAUUACAGACAGCCUGAGCUGCUCAUCUCCGUCACUAUCGAGAUGGCUCCUGCACCAUCCCCACCAACAAAGCUGCCUCCUUCACUCGACUUUACCUUCCGCGUCCCUUGCGACUGCAUCAAUUGGAGGGCGCUGAACGCAGUCAACGUCGGUGCCGUCGUGCACAAGAAGCAAGUCGACGUGUUGGAAGGACUGAUGGACGUCACACUCUGCGGAGAUGCUAACACGGAAGAUGGGAAUGAACUGGCGUCUGCCAUGGUUUUACUGCAGUUUGCAUGUCAAUACGCCGACUACUGCAAAAACCAACUGACUCGGCGUGUCAUGGCACUGCAAGAUCAAUUGAACAAGCACACAGCAACGAAGGAAGCGUUGGUACGACGGCGUCGUCGGCUCGACGAAAAGAAUCGCAUUUCCUUGCAGGAAAACCACGCGUUGGACGACCGCUUGGCGUCUCUAAAGGCGGUCGUGCACCAGGACAAGGCUCCACUGGAUUUGUAAAAUCGAGAGCUUUCUCAUGCUGCUUAUUCUUCGGGUGUGCAAUGUAUUGCUAUUUUUGG